UUCCCUUUUAAUCUUUUCCUUGCGUAACUCCCCGUCUCCCUUUCUUAUCCUUUCAUUUCUCUCGUUUUUCUCAUUUCCUUACAGGGCGAAAAAAAAAGAAGAAAAAGAACCGAGAAAAAACGAAAGAGCGAACAGAACAGACGCUUCGAACGAAGCACCGACCGAACUCCUUUCAACAAAUAACGGGAGAAAAGGAAAUUACCAGUCGCGGCGAAAUAAGGGUUUUCUUUUCUUUUCUUUUCUAUUUUUCCUUCUCACCUUGGACCUUGGGCGGCAGAUAUGUAAGUCAGAAACCUCUUAAUUUAUCCAAUUUCCCUGUUCAUUCACCAGAUGUCCAUUGCACUUCUUUAAAUGAAUCUGCACAAUACGAGCUGUGGUGGCAACGAACCGCACUGGUUGGAAACCUAAUCGAUCCAUUUUUCACUUAAGGUUUCGGGGAUUCAGGACUUUCAUGUUUUCAAAUAAAGGGGAAAGAUUCCGGAGCGCCAUUUUCUGUAUUUAGCGCCUUUUCAGGUUUCGUUCUUGUACAUAUAUAUGUCUAUUUUUUAUUGGAUGAGAAAUCAUGGCAUUUGAAUACAAUCCCGAGAAGAACGUAGGCUAGGGUUUGCUUCGGUAAAGAUUGGUUUCUCUGUUAAUUUCGUCUUGGGGAAUUGCUUGGAUUCAAAGAAGGGUUUUAUUUGUUCUAGGGUUCCUUGGUUAUUUGGAAAAGAUAGGUGCGUGUUAGAGGAUAAUGUGUAUACUGUGCGUCGUUCAGAAGUGGUCUCGGCGGGUUGCCACCAUGCUUCCGUGGUUAGUAAUUCCACUUAUAGGGCUCUGGGCGCUUUCGCAGCUGUUGCCACCUGGUUUCCGGUUUGAGGUCACGUCUCCGAGGCUGGCCUGCGUUUUGGUUCUUUUGGUCACACUUUUCUGGUACGAGGUUUUGAUGCCACAGCUUUCAGCAUGGAGGGCGCGUAGGAAUGCUCGUCUUAGGGAAAGGAAGAGGUUUGAGGCUAUUGAGAUGCAGAAGCUACGCAAGACCGCCACACGUCGGUGUAGGAACUGCUCGACGCCUUAUCGGGAUCAGAAUCCAGGCGGUGGAAAGUUUAUGUGUUCAUAUUGUGGGCAUAUAUCUAAAAGGCCGGUUUUAGACUUGCCGGGUCCUGCUGGGUUGGGGAUUGAUAAUUCUGGGAUUGGGAAGAUAUGGAACGGGAAGCUUUGGUCGGAGAAUGGAUGGAUUUGUGGUCAAGAUUGGUUAGACAGCGGUAGUUGGGUUGGUGGAUCUUUUCCCGGUAAGUCCAGUCAUUGGGAGAAGAAUGGAGGUGCAAUUUUUGGCAGCGACGACCGUUGUUUGGCCGAGAGAUCUUAUUGUGGUGUUUUUGUUUGUGCCUGCAAGCUGUUGGCAUCGCUAAUCUUAAGCAUUAGGUGGAUCUGGAGAAAGAUUUUUAGGGUAAGUACUGAAAGAGGAGAUGCUUCAUUGGAUGCAGAACACAAGGACAUGUUGUCUAAGAAAGGUGAAAAUGGGGUGAAUUGUCAUGAGAGCAGAGGUGAGAAGGCUCGGAGGAAAGCUGAGGAGAAGAGACAGGCUAGGUUAGAGAGAGAGCUUUUAGAGGAGGAAGAAAGAAAGCAGAGGGAAGAGGUGGCAAGGUUGGUGGAGGAACGGAGGAGAUUGAGGGAUGAAAAGAUGGAGGCAGAAAAAGAGCGUGGAAAAGGAUCAUCUCCUGUCAGGGAAAAAGACAGUAAGAGAGAAGCAGAAAGGAAGCGCCAAGAGAGGAGGAGGGAGAAAGACAAAGUGUCCAGUAAAAGUAAUUCUGAUGGGGAGGAGUUGGAAAGGAAGGCUGGGAAGGAUAAUGAAAAGAAAAGGGAUUCUGACAAGAGGAGUGAGCUUGAAAGACGAGACUUUCAGAAAGUGAUAAAUGAAGGUUUGAGAGUGCAGAGCUCAGAAGUGGGCCAUGGUGUAAAGGUUACAACUGCAAACAAUUUUAUCAGGGGAAGCACUGGUUCUAGAUAUCUGGACCAUGUGAAAGGUUCCUUCCUUAAUUCAUCUAAAGCUUUUAAUGGAGCUAGUUUCUUUGGGAAGGGGACUCACCCCUCUGCGACUGUUAUUUGUAAAUCCAACAAGUUUAGUAAUUCUGUAGAGCAGGUCCAAACUUCUGGCAAUCGUAGAGAGGUACAUUUGACCGAACGUACAUCUGGGAAAUUAACAUUCAAUGGAGAUGAUAAAACCAAUGAGGGCAGUUUGCAACGGCCUGUAGCUUUGCACCACCAACAAACAACACCAAAAAAGUCAUGGCAGCAGCUGUUUUCUCGCAGCUCUGCAACUCCAUCUUCAAGUGCAAAUACCAUAAGCAGGCAUAAUCAUAAACCCCAGGCAGAUAAUGAAAACCUGUUGUUACCUGGUCAAGCAUCACCAUCACAUCCUUUGGGCAGUCCAAUCCAUUUUGGAAUGUCAUCUCCUUUUACAAUAGUCUCCUUUCCAAAUGUUCUGGCAAGUAAUGGUUCAGUUUCUUCUGCAGCUGAAACUAUAUUUCCUCUUGUUGGAGAAUCAACACAUGAAUCUAUAGCUGAAGAGCCAGAGCUUUUUGAAGAUCCGUGUUAUGUUCCAGAUCCAGAGUCUUUACUUGGUCCAGUUUCAGAAUCACUUGACAAUUUUCCUUUGGACAUAGGUGGUGGAUUUAUAACAGGCUUAGGACUGGAGAAGCCCCGCACUCUACAGGAUGCCUCUGUUGAAGUUCACAGGCCAUCUCCAAUUGAGUCUCCUAUUUCACGUUUAAGAGUUGCUGAAGAAAAGCAUGCUAGCCUUCCUUGCACCCCAAAGAUUGGUGAUUUGCAUCCUUCAUCCUUGGAAUCAAGCAAUACCCAUGAACAAGGGACAUGGCAGAUGUGGGGCACGUCUCCACUUGGUCAGGAUGGACUUGGUUUAGUAGGUGGGCCUGUGAACUGGCUCUUGCCCCUAGGACAGAACAAAUCGAAUCAGGAGGAUGCUGCACAUCCUUUACCCUACAAGACUAUGCCAUCUCAAAUUAUGAAGGAGAAUCAAAUCCUUCCUGGCACUCCACAAAAAGUUUGUUUUGAGAAUUGCCAGAAUGGUGGAAUGUUUAAGCCUUUUGGUCCUGCUUCAAAUGAUAGUGAUCCUUGGUUGCAGAAAUCUGUCUUCCAGCCAUUGUUGGGUAAUGGAGAUAACCAGUUCCCUCCACUUAAUGCUAGGGAAGAUGUUUCUCAGAGUGAAAAAACUUAUGGUGGUCCAAGCAUUUCAGCAGCUAACCAUCCAUUCGAACUGUCUGCAGCUAAUUGCUGGUCCAAAAAGGAUUGGGUUGAGCGUGGUUCGGAUGGUAGCAAUGGAAAUACAACCUUGGCAAGGCCGCACAUUGGGGGUCUAUUUUCCACCCCAGAUGUACAGUCACUUUGGUCAUUUAAUUGAAAAAUAUUAAAAAGAGAGAAGCAGAGGGAACAUUUGAAACCCCAUCUGUUCUGAAAGGCAAGCAGCCUCUUUCGAGAGUCAUGAAAUCAUUGCCUUGUACCUUUCUUAAAUGAGAAUGAUGGUCACUUGCAUAGUUACAUAACCUUGGCAUGAAUCCAUAGGUUUUUUCUGGAUGGAUGGAUGACAUGCUUGCAUGCACUGGUGCAUCCUCUACGGGCAGUUCACAUUGCUGUUUGGAGGAGCUUUUUUCCCCCCUUGGAGCACUGGAGUCCUAAUUCCUAAAGCCAGAGACCGAUGGGUGUGAGAUAUGACAGUGCAUUUUGAGGCAAAAUAGGAUGUAGCAUUAUUGCACUAUUGUUGUCGACGUGGUUGGGCAUUCAUUUCAUGUCAUGUGGUUUCAAUAUGGAAUAUAUUUUAACCAUCUAGUCAUCUGCAUCUACUUAGCAGGCC